AUGCUCACUGUUCGCAGGCGUGAGCAACGACAGCGUGUGAAGAAUCUGAAGAGGAAGAAAGUGGUUAACAUUUGCGGACUGAGUGGACGUUUCAACUUGUCACUGAUGGCUGGACCAGGUUUAUUUCUGCUCCUGUCUCUGGGCAUUCUGGGGUUUUCCCAUGCGGACACCCUGAGCAUUUUGGAUUCUUCUUUCUGUCAAGGUGAACUGAAGGUGAUCUAUCCAGAGCUGGACAUUGACAGAUGCCUCACAAUCCCAGAGAAUCUCCGAGAGAAAAUCAGCGUAGUUUGGCAAGAGCCGCAGAUUUACUUCUCUGGAGCGAAUGUGGACAAGAAGUAUAUUUUGAUGAUGCUUGAUCCUGAUGCUCCAUCACGUGCUCGACCAACAAGUGCUUGCUGGAGACACUGGCUGGUCGUGGACAUAAAGGGAAGUGACCUGAAGGUAGGCCGGUUGGCAGGAACCACCCUCACAGACUAUUCUCCCCCGAUGCCGCCGCGACAGACGGACUUCCAUCGUUACCAGUUCCUGUUGUUCGAGCAGCCGCCACAUUCAACGGUGUCGCUCAGCGAGGAGGAGGCGUCACGCGGUAACUGGGAUCCUCAGUUCUUCAGCACACGGUUUAAUCUGGAGAAUCCCGUGGCCACUCUGCAGUUUCUCACCCAGAACUACAAUGACUGAGUGAAGGAUGCCCAAACACUUUAAAAGCUCUGGUGGAACAACCUGCCAGUAUAUAUAACAUUUUCCCUCUUCUUUCCUUGAAUUAGGCCGCACCAGUUCUUCAAAGCUUGCUACAGGUCGGGCCUCGCUUUGCCUUUAUCUUAUCAGUCGAGUUAGAAAGAGAUUUCCUCUUUGUGUCGCAGCAGCUGCUGGGGUUUGAUGUUGCGCUGUAUCUCUGUCACAUGGUCUGGAGCGAUUAGAGGGGGGCAGACUGGGAGCUAGAUUUUGACCUCACUGGGGAUUUCUUAUUAGUUUCCGAACACGGUCGACAAGAGAAGGAAGAUGGCCCGAUAUCACAAUUCAGUGUGGAAAGAGUUGAUUCUAAUUCAGGGGCGGAAACACGUCAGGGCCAAAAAAAAGGAAGUGGGAGGUGAAACCGAGACCGCAACACAGCCGGAUGCUGCAGUGGAACUUGAACCAAAAUACUCUACAGAGUGACAGGGCGAGGGAGGGGCUGCAGGGCUGCUGUGGUUUGUGUAUUGGGUGAAGAGAACUUGGUGUUUGUGCAAUUGUUUAUCAUAUUUCCAUUGACCACUCUCACCUCAAUUGGAAACAAUGAGGUGCUUUCAUUGAUUCUUUUUCUGAACUUGAAAUAAACUGCUCUGUCUAAA